AGGAGCUCGAUCCAUGGCGCGCAAAUUGCUCCUCGGCAGCUAUGUCUUGCAAGAUCCCUUCGCUGGGCUCGAGUACCAGGAUCCAGCGACGGAGAAGCAGGCGCAAGAGAUAUCGCAGAAAAUCUUGGUAAGGUACUCCCACGAUCUUAGCUUCUCGUCCCUGAUUCCAGCGCUGGCGACGUCCUAUUCCAUGACAUUCGAGUCUCUCGACGUCAAGACUACGACCACGGCAUACCUUGGCCCUCUCAAGCUCGUCUACAAGCCUUUCAAGAUCAACCGGUGGCUUCACAUGUUCUUUCCGAAGAUGAGCAACAGGGUCGAGCUCGGAAAUCUGUGGCUCCAGAUGGAAAAUGUGAGAUUUCCUCCGCGAAUCGGUGGUACAGUGGAGGAUAUCUUGGGUGCUCUUCCCAGGGCCGCGAGCUUCCAGAUGGGAAUCUUUCUAGCGCAAGGAGCUUACGGUGCCAUCCACAAGUGUACUUGGUCGAAACAGGAAUUUGCGAUCAAGCUGUUUAGCGAGGAAGAACACCUCCAGGACGAAGCAGUGAUCCAUUUCACGCUGGACCAUCCUCACGUUGUCAAGCCUCAUGGCUACUCCAUCAGCGGGAGUGGCAGUAGCAGUGGCAAUCACUCUGGCGCCGGGUUGAUCAUGGAGCUGAUGGAUGGCGAUCUCCAGACCUGGAUCAAGAACAAGGUUGAAAAAGACCCCCAUCAUCUACCGCUGGAAGAGAAAGCUGCGAUCGACGUGAUGCUCCAGCUCGCCACUGCUCUCAUGUACAUGCACGCGUUUGGAUUGAUCCACCGGGACGUGAAGCCGGGAAACUUCCUCGUUCGAUUCAACCAGACUUUUCCCAGCGGUCUAGAGGUGAAGUUAGGAGAUUUCGGCACUGCCAGAUCCGUGGAUGACGGGAAGCUCACGGCUCGAAGAGGGACGCACUGUUACUGGGCUCCAGAAGUUCUCCAGGGUGACGAAGGAUCAAAGUGUUCUUACACGGACAAGGCCGAUGUUUACAGCUUUGGAAUGACCUUCUACGCGGUCCUCACGGGAGAGACUCCGCUGGACAAGUACAAGGAGUUGUCGCCCGAGAAGUUCUUGGAGAAGAUCCGGGGUGGGAACUGGAUCAUCCCUGGGUUGAAACGAGCCGGGAAGAGGCCUCGGCUGCCGAGUUCCGUCGACUCGAGCUUGGCGAAGCUGAUCCAGCAGUGCUGGCAUGAAGAUCCGGAAGAAAGGCCUCCGUUUGACGUGAUCUGCUGGGCUUUGGAGAUCAUCCAGUGCAAACUCCUUGGAACCGAGAUCUCUUCCGCUUUGGACAGGAACCCGGAAGUUUAUCCGAUGAAGCUCGAUGAUCCUGGCUCUGGCCCCCAUGACAAAGUUAUACCAUUCUCUUUCACGAACCAGCAAAACCAGAGGCUACUUAGCUUCUAAGCUGACAGC